AUGAAAAAGACAAUAAUUAUAACAAUAUUAACAACCAUAUUGCUACUAUAAUUAGCUCAAGGUCAAAACGAAUCUGAAUUUAAAGGUAAUUAGUUGCUUAAUGUCGGAAAUUCAAAAAGCGAUUUUGAUUAUAAAGAAAAAAGUAAAGAAAACAAUAAACAUACUAUUGCUGUGAAUCCUAAAUCUGUAGAUCUUUAAAAUUAACCAACAGACUCUUUAACUUAUUCUAAACACGAAGAAAUAUAAUAGGUAGCUUAACCUAUUUUGAUCAGUAAUAAAAUAAUUAGUGUGACGAAUAAUGUUCCUAAAGUAUAUUAAAAAGUUGAAUUUUAAGGUGUUGAUGAUCUUGAAUUAGAUAACGAUGGCCCUGCAGGUGGAAUUUAUUAAAAAUUUGAAAACAAAUUAUAGGAUGGUACUAUAGAAAAAUCUAUAUAGGUUUGGAUUAGACUUACUCCUUAUGUUAAAAGAACUGAGUGGACUAACUGUUUCUUUUUGGGUUAAAACUAAGAAUUUAAUGAUAAUUCAUAUUUGGGAGAUAGAUCACUAACAUUAUAUGUAAUAGAUAAUAUUUUACAUUUCCCUACUUAUGACUUAAAUACUAAAAAAGUUAAUUAUAAUUAAAAUUUAAAUUUUGAAUAAUCAGAAGAAGGAAAAUGGUGUCUUAUCUAUUUCGGAUAUUCUGAUUUGUAAUAAAAAGCAUUUGUUUAUAGUUAAUUCUAAGGUUCUUAAGCUAAUGUUUUAAAUUAUAAUGGAAUAAGACAUAAAUCUUCUAAUAUUUACCAUUUAUUUGUAGGACAAAGACCGUCAUAUAAAAAUUUCCCAGGAAGAAUUGUUAAUUUAGUAUUCUGUGGAGGAUCUGGCUGUUAUAGAGAAGAUGGAUUUAAUUAAUAAUGGGAUAGCGUUCCUAAAAAUAAAGUAUAUUAAAAAGUAGAAUUUUAAGGUGUUGAUGAUAUAUAAUUAGAUUACAAUGGCCCUGCAGCUGGUAUUUAUUAAAAAUUUGAAAAUAAACUUUAGUCUGGUACCAUUGAAAAAUCUAUAUCUGUAUGGAUUAGACUUACUCCUUCUAUUAAAAGAUCUGAAUUGGCUAAUUGCUUCUUAUUAAGUUAAAAUUCAUAACUUUAAGAUAAUGCAGUUUUAGGAGAUUAAUCACUUGCAUUAUAUGUAAUAAUAAUGUGUUACAAUUCUCUACUUAUGACUUAAAUACUUAAAAA